AUGGCAGACUUUCCAUUGCCACAUAAUAUGAUCACCCACCUGCCACAGAAUGGAUUAAUCGGAAUCGCCUGGGGAGGCGCAAUUUUGGGUAUCAUCUUCACAUCUGCUCGUAUAGCGGUUCGCAUCAGGUACAUGAAGCGCUUACUUGCUGACGAUUACUUCAUGCUAUUUGCUUUGGUACUUCUGAUCGCCAAUGCGAUUCUUCAUACUUUAGAGUCACCGCAUCUUUAUUAUUUGGCACUCAAUCCAACGGGUAUCGACAUAGAGUACCAUGUGCUACACUACCUUUGCUACGAAUUCGCCAUUAGCGGAAUAUUUUGGACGAUACUUUGGAGCGUCAAAGGUUCUUUUCUGGCAUUGUUCUGGAUGAUUUCUGAUGGCCUACCGGUGUACCGCCGGGCGUGGUGGGGCGUGGUAGUCUUCGCAUGUCUUGCCUAUGUCGGCUGUUGGGUCGUAUUGGUGAACACUUGCCAUCCUCCGGCCAGCUAUUUCAGAUAUGGCCCGGGUCAGUGCGGACAGUCAGUUGAUUUCAUGGGAUUCACCAUUGCCGUGUCAUAUAGCACAGCUGUGGAUACCUUAACCGAUUUACUGGUUAUGUCUCUUCCCCUGCGUAUCAUAUGGGUGGCCAAGAUCAACAUGAAGCAGAAAAUCGGCAUAGCUCUAGUAUUCAUGAUCGGGUUCACAAUCAUUGCUGCAGCCAUUGUAAGGGCCGUGGAAAUCACGGGGACUAGCACGUUCUCAGACCCAGGAGCAUUGGCAGUCUGGGGCAUUGUUGAAACUUCUAUAUGCAAGUGA